CAAGGUGAUACUGCAUCUAUUCGUACGAUUACUCAAAUCUAUUUAUUUUCAACAUGGCCUCUCUGGAUGUAACAGCAGCUCGCGCUCGCUUCCCUGCAAUGCAGCAGGAACAGGUGUUUAUGGACAAUGCAGGUGGAAGUCAGGUUCUCGAUACCGUGGCGGACUCCAUCCGUUCAUACCUUUUGAACACGAAUGUCCAGCUUGGUGCCACCUAUGGAGUGUCCAAGUCUUCAACAAAUGCAUACUCGAACGCAUACAAGGUGGCUGCUGGAUUCAUCAAUGCGGCAACUGAAGAGAUCAGUAUUGGUGUCUCAACCACCCAGCUACUGCACAACAUCUCUAUAGCUCUCACAUUCCACCCUGGUGACGAGCUCAUCCUGUCCAAACUCAACCAUGAGGCCAACAUCGCCCCGUGGAUCCAGGUUGCAGAGCGGUUGGGCUUGAGGGUGAAGUGGUGGGCUGCUUCUGAUCCAAAGAACCCCGUCUGUGACCCGGCUGAGUUGAAGACUCUGCUCACCAAUAAGACUCGGCUUGUGUCAUGCCCGCACACAUCCAAUAUCACCGGCACCAUCAGCCCGGUCCGAGAGAUUGCAGACACGGUCCAUGCAUAUCCUCGUGCACUGCUAUGUGUGGAUGGAGUGGCUUUGGCACCCCAUCGUCAAGUUGAUGUGAAGGCUUUGGAUGUGGACUUCUACGCCUUCUCCUGGUACAAGGUGUAUGGGCCACACCUGGCACAACUAUAUGCCUCAUCACGCAUCCAUGACCAGAUCCAGUCGCUGGGGCAUUUCUUCAAGGCCACCAACACCCUGGAUUUGAAGCUUAACCUUGCAUCAGCAAAUUACGAGCUCACUCAGAGUAUUCCCCGCGUGGCGGAGUACUUUGGCCCCGAGCCUAGCACACGCUGGGCCCAGAUGGCGGAGCAUGAAGAGCGGCUGCAGCAGAUCCUCCUUGAGUUCUUGGCUUCCGAUAGCCGUAUUACUAUUAUUGGGGAACCGUCGGCACGCAAGGAGCUCCGUGUACCUGUCAUCAGUUUUGUCGUACAGGGUGUGGGCAGCCAACAGCUGGUAGAAGCAGUUGAGCGCCGGUCGGCGUUUGGAUUCCGCAGUGGUCAUAUGUACAGCCACCGGUUGCUGGCCGAGGUAUGCGGGCUGCCGGAUGUGGAGGAUGGGGUGGUGCGGGUCAGCCUGCUGCAUUACAACACUGAGGCCGAGGUGCAGGGGCUGGUAGCAUUGCUGCGAGAGGAAGUGUAGAUACAUGUAGUGUACGGAGUAACUUAUACUCGAUGCUCUAUGCUAAUCCAACUUGUUUGUGCGUGAAUGCUUUCUUCGCGUGGAAGUACAGUACAUACGCCCUUAGACGUAUACAAAGAAGAUAUUUCUAGAAAAUACCUGUACUUCUUUCAUUUCCGCCUAAUCCUGUGAG